CUAACCAAAGCCAAAGUUGAAUCAGUAUUUCCCAACGAUGCACAGUAUGGUGUGGUAUCCAAACCAUAUAACCUUAGGUUCGACUAUAAGCCUGCUGCAAUUUCUUUUCCCAAGACAACGGAAGAAAUCGUGGCAGUCGUUACUGCCGCUGCAGCCGAGGGCAUACCAGUCUCAGCCAAAUCAGGUGGCCAUUCUUACGCAGCUUACGGUCUCGGGGGGAAAGAUGGAUUUCUUGUUGUCGACCUGUCAAAAAUGAAGGGUUUAACAGUUGAUUCUAGCGGCAUUGCCGACAUUCAAACUGGAAAUCUCUUGGGUGAUGUAGCACAAGGUCUAUUCAAAUCUGGUGGAAAAGCAAUUCCUCAUGGAACUUGUCCUUAUGUUGGUACUGGCGGCCACUCGGCUUUUGGCGGCUUUGGGUUCACUUCACGUAAAUGGGGGCUGAUGCUGGAUGUUGUGGUUGGUCACGAGGUGGUUCUGGCCAAUGGUUCAGUCGUCAAUACUUCUGAGACCGAAAACCCAGAUUUGUUUUGGGCUUUACGUGGCGCCGGAGCUUCGUUUGGGAUUGUUUCUUCCCUCAAAGUCAAGACUUAUGACGCACCUUUGAUCAUGACCUUUUUCUCUUUCGCUUGGAACUUUUCUUCGGCCGAGGAACUAAGUCACGCGAUUAUUUCUUAUCAACAAUUUUGUAUCGAAGCAGAACUGUCCGAUGAAAUUGGAAUGGAAGUCAAUAUUGGAAUGGGCGACACAAAGGGUCAAGUACAAUUUCAACUUUUGGGUACUUUGAUUGGAGCAAGUUCUGACUUGGAUCCCCUAGUUUCACCAUUACUAUCAAAGUUGCCAAACAACCCAGAAAAAACUAUCAAUCAAACCGACUGGCUUACCAGCUUGGAACUUUUGGCAGCUCCUCAGCCUUUAACGCCAACAGCCGCUUCCCUUCAAUCAAACACCGACACAUUUUACGCAAAGAGUCUUGUCACACCCCAAGCGCAACCUGCCACCAACGAAAGUAUCAAAGCUUUAUCAAAUUACUUCUUUAACCAGGGAAUGUCAACCAGUCUUAACUGGUUUGUUCAACUUCAACUAUACGGUGGAAAGGGAUCUUUCAUAAAUUCAGUACCUCAAGAAUCCUCAUCAUACCUCCACCGUUCAUCACUAUGGACAAUUCAACUCUACGCAAGUACUGGAUCAAACAAAACUGCAUUUCCAUCUGACGGUUUUGAGUUCAUUGACUCAAUGGCAGACAGUAUCGUCACAAACAAUCCAAAAGAUUGGGCAGGGGGAUACUUGAAUUACGUCGAUGACAAAUUGGCCGACGAUGUCUGGCCUCGCUUCUAUUAUGGAGAACAUUACGAGCGGCUAACACAGAUAAAAUCAAAAUACGAUCCACAAAACCUGUUUCGCUACCCUCAAGCAGUCCAA